AUGGAGAAGCUUCUUCUGGGUACCCUGCUCCUCAUCGUUCUCUCAGAGGGUGCGACACAGUCAGACAUGAGAGGGAACGUGUUUAUUUUCCCUGAAGAAUCAGCCACAGCCUAUGUGUCCCUGAUCCCCAGGGUGAAGAAGCCUCUGAGGAACUUCACACUGUGCCUGAAAGCCUUCACAGACCUCACCCGCACUUACAGCCUCUUCUCCUACAGCACUAAGAUCAAGGACAAUGAGCUGCUUCUCUUUGUGAACAAAGUAGGAGAGUACAUACUGUACAUUGGGAACACUGGGGUCACUUUCAAGGCCCCCCCGUCUUCUUUUGCCCCAAUCCAUGUCUGUGCCAGCUGGGAGUCUGACUCGGGGAUUGCUGAACUCUGGGUGGAUGGGAAGCCCGUGGGGAGGAAGGGUGUGAGAAAGGGGUACUCUGUGGAGGCAGAGGCAAAGAUUAUCCUAGGACAAGAGCAGGAUUCCUUUGGGGGACGUUUUGAUGCAAAACAAUCCUUGGUUGGGGAAAUAUGGGAUGUGUCCUUGUGGGAUCACGUGCUCUCCCGAAAGGAGAUGUGUGCCUCAUGUUACAGCGGCAACCUCCUGAAUUGGCAGUCCCUGACUUAUGAAAGUAAUGGCUAUGUGGUGACUAAGCCCAAGGUAUGGGCUUAA